AUGAACGAGACGACACCUGCGGGCCAGCCUAUCGUAACCAGAGAAAAAACAGCGCCAUUCCUCAUUCGGACCUUUAUCAAAACCGGCAGCUUUCACCGGAUAGCCCAGUUCGAAGAUGGCCCACUUCCUACAACUGACGAACAGCAGAUAUUCACUUGGAAGGACGCCACUCUACGAGAGGUUCUGACCACUAUCCGGAACAGCACACCCAUGGUUCAAGAGUACCGACACCCGCUCGCGCGUUUCUCAUUCCGUACCGUAUACGCCGACCCUGGCAACAAAGGCCGCUUUGCGUCAAAAGACCUAGGCCAGGUUUACUCUCGUGAUAUCCUUGGAGAGCCAGGAUCAUUGACCACCACCGCGCCACGUCUCCUCGAAGACAUCGACGGAGAGAACCGCGAACCCACCGAGCGUGAACGAGAAGAGCGGACGCUCGACGAGCUGCGUUUUGUUCCAGGUGACUACCUCUUGGUCGCGGUGUUCCUCCCAAAAAGCGUUGUGCCGCCCGAAACGACUACACGAGCGCUGCCUUUCAAUGGCUGGAAAGCUGGAGGCCCAGGGGUUGGCGGAGCUCCUGUGAUGGUUCGUGGAGGCGGCGGGCAUUGGAGGGGCGACUCGAACGGUCUUCGGGGCCGUGGUGGUGGACGUGGCGGCGGAGUUGGGGACAGGGACAGGGAUAGAGACAUAGAGGAUAGCCGUGUGCCGCCUCCGAGGCGCGGUGACCGUGGGAAUUCACCUCCGCCUCGUGAAAUCGGCUGGGGCCGACGAGGCGGUCGCGGAGGACGAGGUGGAGGUGGCAGGCGGUCGCGUUCUCGAUCGAGAUCGCGUACUCCGCCCCCAAAGAAAAGUUCAAGAUAUGACUGAUUCAUUGUCCACCUGGAUAGUGUUAAAAUGUAUCUAUAUCUUCAUAGGUGUGCUGUCUUUUAUUAUCUAACUGCUUCGGUGCUAUUUCCUGGCUAUGCUAUGAG